CGGGUUUGGGAAAAAAAAAAAAAGAAAGGUUCGGAUAGGCCUGGUACAAUCCGGGCUGAUUGUGAAAAAUGGAGGAGGACCUGAUCCCGCCAUAUAUGUAUACACUCGUCCCUUCACGUAUUAAAAAAUUGCGUAUAGUAUUAAUGUCAUAUACAUAUACAUAUACAUUGUGCCAUGAUUGUGGAUAAAAUGCGUCCGGUUGUGUACAAGCAUGGAGGAGGAGGUGGAGGAGGAGGUCGAGGAGGAGGAGGAGGAGGAGGUCGAGGAGGAGGAGGUCGAGGAGGAGGAGGAGGAGGAGGAGGAUGAAGAGCAGGACGACAACGAGGAAGAGGAAGACGAGGAGGAGGGGGAGGAGGAGGAGAAGGAGGAGGAGGAGGGGUCGAGGGGAGCAGCAGCAGACGGAGCGGCUGCUGCAGAGAAAUCUGGUGCUGAAAAUGGUGUGGCGAAUGGAGGAGGAGGAGGAGGAGGAGGAGGAGGAGGAGCAAGCACGCAAAGGCAUGCAAGGCUGAGGCCAUGCAUGACCCGAUCCGACGAUAUGCGGGACCGAGUCGCGGUCGCGACCCCGGCGUUGCAGAGCAACGGAGAUGUUGAGACCAUGGGCCUUGCUCCACUACUCUCGAAAUGUGCAAAACGAGAAGAUGCAGGAAAGCAGAGCAAUCGCAAUUUGCUGCAUCCUUCCUCAAAAGAAGUCCAGAUUCAGGAAUUCGAUCCAGUGCUCUGUGCUAAUGGGACCGGCCACCUGGGGAUGAGCGGAGCGCAGAAAACGGCAUGAUCGAGGAACGAUCUGCGUUCUGUGAACACUAGGCCUUGCUGGAUGUAUAUGCCCACAUUUCCGACCCGGCGGCGUGGAUGAACCUGACCGAUUUUUCCGUCCAGAGAGAAGUGGGACAAGUCCUACCGGUAGUGGGAGUCUGCCCGGAGCUCUGCGAACACGUGGACUUGUAUCUUUCUAUUUGAAUGAAGUGGAUUUUUUUUUUAUUUUUAUUUUUUAAUAAUGAAUGAAGUGGAUUUCG